AUGGGAGGUGGUAAAGACAAGCAUCACGAUGAGCAAGACAAAGGGUUUCAUGGUUUCCCAGGAGGAGGACAUCAUUACCCUCCACAACAAGGGUAUCCUCCACAAGGGUACCCUCCACAACAAGGGUACCCACCGCAACAAGGGUACCCUCCAGCUGGAGGCUAUCCACCUGCUGGAUACCCUCCUGGUGCCCCUGGAGGUUACCCUCCUGCAGGCUAUCCUGCUCCUCACCAUUCAG